AAGGAAGAAUAUGAAGUUCUCGAUAUACAAUAAAGCACAUCAAUCAUAUCGCAUAAUGUGUUGAUGAUUUAAUGUAUUUGAUAAAUAUAUAAAAAUGUGUGCGUGUGUGUGUGUGUGUGUGAAAAUACACUUACACAAAUGUAGAAAUAAGUGAAUAGAUGUGCUCACAUCUGGAAUAAAUUAAUUCGUCAUGAACAUGUUACAUGAAUAUAUCGAUAAUCGUACAACAAGCUGCUGCUAAAUCCUGUAUAUGAUCACAUUUCGAGCCCGAAUACGUGAAUCCAUAAAGAAUAUUGAGAGCAAAAAAAAGUUUUUUACGUGAAGGUUUAUCAGUCAUACAAAUUCAUCGCAGACAUCAAUUUAUCCAUCUUGUAGACAAUUCCUUUCCGUCAGCUACACCAACUGUUUUGAUACGACAUAAAGGAAGGUGUACAUAUACAUUUAAGAAGACGGAGGAAAAAAAAGUGUGAUUUAAACAUAUGCUACGGAAAAUUUUAAGAAAAUUCAGCAACAUGCCGACAUGUUUAAUCAUAUUAUUUUUCCUGAUAUUAAAUUCAGGUGCUUUCGCUGGUAAUUCUCGAAAGUUUAGGACAGAAUUUCUACAAGACUUUCCUACACCCGGCACCGGUCCUUACUUUGACACAACAGUAUCGUCAAAUGUGACGGGAUUAGUAGGCAAAACUGUACAUUUAGUUUGUAAAGUAAAAAAUUUAGGAAAUAGAACGGUGAGUUGGGUGCGUCAUAGAGAUAUUCAUCUGUUAACUGUAGGACGAUAUACAUAUACAAGCGAUCAACGCUUUGAGGCUAUGCACUCACCACACACAGAAGAAUGGACUUUGAGGAUACGAUACGCUCAACGAAAGGAUUCUGGUAUCUACGAGUGCCAAAUUUCAACAACCCCUCCUGUUGGACAUUUUGUAUACUUGACUGUUGUCGAACCAGUAACAGAAAUUAUUGGAGGAGCUGAUCUGUUUAUAAAUAAAGGAUCAACAAUAAAUCUCACAUGUGUCGUUCGAUUCGCACCAGAAGCACCACCAUCGAUGACAUGGAGUCACAAUAGAGAAACAAUUAAUUUUGAUUCACCACGUGGUGGCAUCUCGCUGGUAACAGAGAAAGGCGUUCUCACCACUAGUCGACUUCUAGUACAAAAGGCCAUUCCAAGUGAUUCGGGCUUGUAUCAAUGCCUACCCAGUAAUGCCAAUCCAGCAUCCAUUAGAGUUCAUAUACUAAAUGAACAUCCCGCUGCAAUGCAUCAUGGCAUAGCAUCAACAUUAUCAUUAGGCUAUAAUCGAUUGUUGCUUUUAUCAAUAACAUUAUUAUGUUACAUUUAUCGUCGCAGCAUACGAUGGCGACAUGGACAUUAUAUAAUGUUAAAUAGUUGUAUUUAGCUAAUUAAUUAUUCAGAACGAUAAAAACAAAGACAAAAUUAUAUAAAAAGAAAAAUAUUUUCUAAUUGUGACAAGACAACAGACAUAAAUUCAGCAACAAUAAUAAAUGAUUGAAUUGAUGAUAAUGGCAAUGUGUUG